ACGCGAAAGGUUUUUGUCUGUUGCUUUGUGUGAUUCUCGACUCUGUUCUGCGUCUGCGUCCCGUCUCGUGGCCGAAAAUAAAGAAAGAAAGGCGAACGAACGUCGCGUUUCGUGCUCAAUCGUAAAUUCGAAGUGAAAUAAAAAUGUCUCGCAGUUCGUACCUGCUGUGUGUGCUCUUUUUAGGCGCCAGUUGCUUGGUUUUCAGUGCGAGUGGAGCGCGGAAUUAUCGACGGGGCUACAAGACCACCGAGCCGCCCACCACGACCCCGCCCCAGUCGCCCAAGGAGUAUCUGGACAGUCAGCCCGGGAUCUCCACCUUCGGCAUCAUCGCGAUCAUCUUCACCGUUAUCGUUCUCUGCCUGAUCUUCUACUACGGCAUCAUUUGCUACCCCUUGCUGUGCCGCGACGAGAAGAAGUAUCGGUUUAUGGACGUAUCCUCGACCAUCACGGCGGCCACAUCGCGUUCCAUCCAGUCGAUAGAGAACUAUCCCGACCAGAAGCACCACACGUUGGCCUGAGUGGUCCAGACAUCCGAAGGAUCGUGGUUUAGUUGUACUUACAUUUAGUAAUUCGAAAAAGACUUGAAUGCCAGCCAGAAACGAAUAUCUACAGAUUUUAGAUCCCAAGUCGCAACUGACAAGAAGUAUCCCGAAUUUACCUUAAAUAUCUCAUUAUCCCUUGAAUACAGAAACGGGUUUUUUGUUUGGAAAAUACCUUAUCCUAAAUAGGGUCGAAAUUAGUACACACAAAAAUGUGGGUUACUGUAAAAGAAAUUCUUGA